GAAUACAAGCGUUAAACUCUAAUCAUUUGUCUCUGUAUAAGAAACAGAUCCUUAUCAAAAUUUUAUGAUUGGCUUAUCGCAAAGAUCUUAUUUUUUGAUUGGUGGAGGUAGAAGAGAGUACAGAAUUGAAUCAGUUGAAAGAAAUAUAGCAGGAAUAAUUUCGUGACACAAGGUGCAGUCGCUUGAUUUUGUUUUGCUGUUAUAGUUUUAUAAUCAAUAACAAUAUUUAUGACGGAAAAUGUAUUACAAAACGGCAUGGAGCCUUUUCAGAAUCCUGAUCAUAUUCCUUUGGAGGACUUGAUAUUAGUAGUUAAGACUGGUGGAAUUCCAGAUUAUGUUCCUGCUUUAGAUGAAAAAUGGGUAGAGCAGCGAUAUUUUUUGCAUUAUGAAGUUCCAAAUAUGUAUGAUAAUAAUGGAACUGAAAUUAUGGGCGCUAAAGAACACUGGAUAGAAAUUAUGGGUUAUAUGAUCGAUGAUUUAAAAUGGGUCCUCACUCUUCCAUUUUAUAGGUUUUGGUCAAACAUCGUAUUCAAUACUUCAAUAUUGGAUGCAUUGGUAUCUUUUUUACAAGAUGCUCCACCAUUUUAUGCUUUAGAAAAUUUUCCUAAUGAUUUGGAAAUGCAAAAUAUUAUAGAAACUCUUCGUCAUCAUGUACUUUUAAUUUUUACACGUCUUGUUACAAACAAGGAAAGUUCUACUGAAUAUAUGACAAUUCAAUUCCUCGGAAAGUUACUGUAUGAUAAUUUUAUAUUUACCGUACCUAUCAUUUAUGAUUUGUGUCAAUUAUAUGGUCGUGAAAAUGAAAAAACUGUAGCAAAAAUUUUAGAUAGUCUAUUUACAAUUCAACCCUUAUAUAACGAUGAUGUUGAAAAGUCUGUUCCAUAUCUUGUUAAGGCUCUUAAUAACGUAGAAACAGGAUUCCAGGAUCGACCUACCUGUUCAUCAGAUGAAGCAGUACCUCUUUUAAUUGUGCCGAUUGAAAUUACCAAAAUUACUUUGUUCUCAUUGGAGGAUAUGAUAUUGUAUGUUUUAGAUAUAUCAUCUACAAUUACUACAUUUUUAAAAAAUUAUCCUCCAGCAGUAAAAAAAUAUCGUAAUGAAGAUUUUAUGAAUAAGAUAGUUUCUAUAUAUGAAAAUACAAUACCUGAAAUGUAUAAAAAAUUGAAUGAAUUAGCAUACAACGAAGAACAUUUAGAAAAAUUUAUAGAACUAAGGCAUCGUUUAGAUGUGACUAGAAUAGAGUUAUUACAUCUUUAUCGAACUAUAGUGCAUGAGCCUGUGGAGAAUAUACAUCAAAAACUUGAUACAUUUACGGAAGAAGAAAUAAAAGAACGAGUCGAUGAUUACUUGAAUUUAUUAAGUAAUGCUAUAUCAGAAAAAGAAUUUAUCACAGAUUAUCAUCAAUUUUAUCCAGUGGGUUCUGAUUUGGAAGAAUUAUCAAAGAUAUGUCCUGAAUUAGAUACUAUAAAACGUAAUUAUAUAUUGCAAGCAGUUUAUGCUGCUAUAGGAGAUUCCCAAAUUUCUGUCAUUGUCUCUUCUAAUAAUAGAAAAGAAGCUGUAGCAGGGCCUAGUAACGUAGGAACUAAUCAACAACCAUCAACAUCUAAGAAUGUUCGUGUGGAAAAUGUAAUACAAAAGCCUGUCCGAAGAUCAUCCGUUGAAAUAGCUUCUCUUAUCAGUGAAGUGAAAGAUAUUUUAAGUCAUUUAGGAGAAGGUUUUAUUCAGAUGUGUUUGAAACAUUAUGACUACAAUACCGCAGAUGUGAUAAAUGCUGUUUUAGAAUAUACUUUACCUUCACAUUUGAGUGAAUUAGAUUUUUCAUUACCAUAUAUUCCACCAGAACCAGAGGAAACACCUAAGGCCAUUGUGGAUCAUGAUAUUGCUAUCGAAAGAUUUAACGUAUUUGAUAACGAUGAAUUUGAUAUUAUGACUAGAGAUGAUAUUGAUAUGUCCAGGGUUCAUAAGGGCAAAAGGAAAGAUAAAUACAAGGAUAUAAAUGAGCUAUUAAACGAUAAAUCGGAAGUUAAAAAAGUUGCUAAUAUAUACAACAAAUAUAGCUUGGUUAUGGAUGAUUAUGAUGAUGAGUAUGAUGAUACAUAUGAUAGUCAUGAUGUACGGGGUACGACGCAAGAUGAUGUUCCAGAUUCUAGAGCUUUUACUACUCCUCGAGUGCUAUUGGCGAAAGGGAAAAAUAUUACAGAAUCAGAGGAGGAAAAUGAAUCUGAUAGUGAUAAUGAAAAUAUAUCUAACGAAGUAAAUGGGAAAGAUAAUUUUGUACAAAAUCCGGCAGAUUUGCGUGCCAAAGCUGAACAACGAAGACAGGCAGCACGCGGCAAGAAAUCCUCAUACGAUGUUGUUGGCAAGCCCAAAGGCCAAGGGCAAGAUAAAGAUGUUACGACUAACAGAGAUAAGAAAAAUACGCAUAAAGCUACACGGGCUAAUCAUAAUCGUCGCGCAGGUGCUCAAUGGAAACAAAGACACGGAAUGAUACCAUCUUGAAAUAUUUUCCGGAAUAUUUCUCGCCGAAAAUACAUAUUUCCACAAUGUAAAUACUGCCAAACAUUUAGCGCAACUUUCGUACAAUUUAAAAUGAUUUACUUUUUAAGAUAUAAUUCCGUGCAACUUAUGUAUGUUAAACUUAGCAAGAGAUUUAUUCGGUUGAAAUAUAGUUUACAAAAUGCUAUGGCAUCCCCAAAGCCUUAAGAAUAAUUUUAUGGAUAAAGAUAAUGGAAUUGUUAAAAAUA